CUAUGUACGAGUGUCUACAAAAGAGGGAAAAAGAAAACACUCGAAAGCCUCAUUUUAGUUCGUUACAAGUUCUUGGCUGUAUAGUUGGGAUUCGGUUUGGUUUAUUCAGUAUUAAAAAUACAACUAUUUGGUUAUUUGGACCGGUUCGGUUCUUAAAGGUAGAAAGCCGACCUAAAGUAGGAACAACAAAAGACCUAAAACCCCUCUCGGUGCCCCCCCUUUGUACCUUCAUCUCUCCCUCGACCCGGCGGCUGAGUUAAUUGUUCCGACACUACUAUAGUCUCCAGAAACAUUGCAAAAAAGGAUUAAAUACUUGUCUUAUUAGUCUCUUACAAACUCUAUUUUCGAGGUCACUUUUGGAGUCUACAAUUCUCAGAACGAGCUAUUUCUAUUGCAAAACCUAAAUGAUGUCGAGGAUCUAUGUGAAGAAUCUGCCUAAAGAAGUGGAAGAAGCUCGUCUUCGAGAUGUUUUUUCAAAGAAAGGAGAAAUCACAGACGUUAAGUUAUUACGCUCCAUGGAAGGUAGAAGUAGACAAAUGGCUUUUAUUGGGUUCCGUAGUGAACAAGAAGCUCAAGAAGCUAUUAAGUAUUUCCACAACUCGUACCUCGAUACUUUCCGUAUCUCUGUUAAGAUUGUUCGUAAGUGGACGUUACAUGUGAAAAAUAUAGCUUUUGAGGCAACAGAGAAAGAAGUAAGACAGCUUUUCAGUCCAUUAGGACAGAUCAAGGGUUUUAGGCUUCUUCCAAAGAGGCAUUGUUGUAGUAAUGCUCUUGUUGAGUUCAUGACGAAGCAAGAAGCUUCAAACGCGAAAAUGGCAUUGUCGAACACCCAUCUCUACGGACGCCAUUUGGUGAUUGAGUGGGCUAGAGAUGGAAAUAGCUUGUAAGAGAAGAGGCGUCGUUCUUCUACUUGUUUUAGUAUUUGUUUUUUCCCUAAAUAGAGAGAAGUAUGUUAUAUAGAGAUAAUUCUAGGAACAAUUUCCAAUUACAUCUAUAAAAUUCAAUUAAAACCGUUGAAUCCA